UGGUCUUGGUUGAUGGGAACGGCAGUUAACGGUGGUUUAUGGUGCAACAUCACAACGAACGCAUACUUCACAUUGCCGACAAGAUAAGAGCUAUAUCGCGAGAAAAUGAUCGGAUAUUGCUCAACAAGCGGGCCAAUCUUAAUAGUCUUGAAGCCCAUAUGAGUAGACUUCAAUCGAAUCGAAUAGUGGAGGACUCACUAAACAACAUAUCCAGACAGUUGAAUUCUUUACUCAGCGAUCUCAAGAAGAAAAGCAGUCUGGCCAGUGAACCAAGCACCCAUACGAAGUUCAUUUCGUCAGAGUCUCGUGAGAGAAUGGCAGUGUUUGAAGAUAUGAAUGAGGAUAUGGAUGAGGAGUUUGAGAAUGUUGAAGGUAGUGACAAUGAUACUCGCACUGGCUACAGUGAAGAAGGUGAGCCGCUCGAGCAAAUUGGCCAAUUGAGCGGAUACUUGAACUCCACGGCUUCAUUCGAUCAGAAGCACGAAUUUAACGAUAUUUUGCGCAGUGCUUAUGAUUUAGUACAGACUUUACCAGAUAAUGGCAGGGGCAACAGACCGUUGAACGAGUUUAUUGCCAGUCUAGAGCCGUGUAUUGGGUCGUUUACCACAUAACAAUAGUAGACAUAUACAUAGAAAUAGACCCUUGGCGAUAGUAGACAUUUACACGAAAUAGACACUCAGCUAGACAUCUUGACAUCCGCUGUUCCAAAUAUAUUUAUUCUUACUAGUCUUCUAUUUACAUGAACCUCUCCAUCAAAACGUCUUAGGAGCCAAUGUGGCAAUUUUGGUGUACUUGGAGUUUCUCAACUCUUGUGCUACCACAGAUGAUACUCUGGUACCCAAAGGAUCUCCAUUCUUGUUCACCAAUACACACGCAUUAUCAUCGAAGCGAAUGGUCGAGCCAUCUGGUCUUCUGAAUGGAGCCUUUGUUCUCACGACCACGGCCCUGCAGAUGUCUCUUCUUUUAACUCUGUUAUUGGCGGACAGCCCAGUAAUCUCUGCCGUCAAAGGUCUGGCUUGUUUGACCACCACCGUGAUUUCGUCGCCCACCUUAGCAAAGUUUCUAGGCCCAUGCCGCAAAACCUUAAUACAUUCCACUACCUGGGCUCCACUAUUGUCUAUCACGUUUAAUAAAGACUUCAAGUAAAUCAUCUUCACACCUCUAACUAUCUGAAAAUUUUUUGAUCAAAGCGCGGAACGCUUUUGAGGCCUAUGGCUGGUAUAUGGAAGAUUCGUUGUUUAAGCAGAUUGGGUCAUUGGAAGCCAGUCUGGCAUUCUCUAAAUGUACACAGAUACUCCACAGGUACACAGGCAUCCGAAAAUAUCAAUUGGUAUUGCUCCGAUAUCGUGAAGCUUAGAGGAUCUGAAUUCCAAGGAAGACACAUACAAGUGCACAGUGAACAAGAGGUUAAGGAAGCACUCAAACUAUUUGCACAAGAGCACAAACGGGUCAUGAAGAAGGCUUCACAUCCUGCCAUAUAUGCCUGGAGAACAGGCGAGAAGGUGGAAUUGUCAGAGGAAGAAAUCCUUCAAAACACAUUAAAUCCUGACUCCAAGCAGUUGAAGAAGAAGAAAAAGGGAAUAGAACCAUCCAAGUUGCAUAAAUACAUCAAUGUGUCCCAAGGAGUUGAAGACGGCGGUGAACGGCGUUCGGGGCAGGAUUUGUUCAGACGAGUCAUUCAACGAUAUGAGCUCUAUAAUGUUCUAGUGAUCGUUUCCAGGUGGAUGAGAGGCAGUACUAUAGGUCCUAGCCGAUUCAAGUGCAUUGGAGAUGCUGGAACCGAUAGUGUUAGGAAAGGAGGGUUGAUACUGU